CAGAGAGUUACAGGCCUCUAUCUGGUUAUCACUACUGCUUUUGAGGUCAAGGAAUUUCCUUAAAAAAUGGACAGACACAUCAAGAUGGAAAGACAGAAGUUUCCGUUCACCAUUGAGAACAUUCUGAACAAAUAUCCUAGCAGUAUUGGAGACAAACAGCCAUGUGGAACAAGGGUUUUUGGACUGAAGGAGAAGAUGGUGUGUCCUGAGCCUGUUCAUCACGCCUGCUUGUGCUGCUGUUUCUGCUCCCACUGCGCUGACAUGCUGCGCUCUGAUCUCAUUCCUGACGCCUGUCAGUACAGAUGGAACCGAGCAGCUAUGAUCUCAGAGACGUGCCGGCUGGGGGAGGCUCAAAGGGAGGAGCAGCAGCCUAAGGGGGGCCAGGUGCAGAGGCGAACCAGGCGUCACCGUACAAUUUUCACAGAAGAACAGCUGGAUGCACUGGAGGAACUGUUCCUGCAGAACCAGUAUCCAGAUGUGAACGCACGAGAGAAACUUGCACAGCAAACUAACUUAAGAGAAGAAAGAGUAGAAGUUUGGUUUAAAAACCGAAGAGCAAAAUGGAGACGUCAGAAAAGAUUGUCAUUUGUAGUCGGAAACACUGAAAACUAAUUUCUACCAUAUAGAUUUACAGCAACAUGAAAAUUUAUGGAAACCUUAAGUUAUUGUUUUUGCUCAUGAGUUAGAUAAAUAGCCAAAUUUAUGAACAAAAUGGAUCUAAUUGUGUCAUUUUGAUCAAACGAACCAGCAUGCAGAGAUAUACGCUAACCUUUUGACAUUUGAUAUUUGAUGGUUGUUUCAUAUAUCAAGAAUGGAGUAACUUUUUG